AUGGCCACUAGACGAAUGCAUGUGGCUGACUUGGCUAAAGCCGAUGACUCCCCUGUUGAGCAUGCUGUUGAAGACAUGAAUGAAGAGAUGAGCAAGAUACAUGGGGUCAAUACAAUUGUGCACAAUCUUGCAGAGAAACUUGGGGACGCAGAGGAUGGCAUAGCGCCAAUAGACGAUAUUGAGUAUGUCAUGGACAAGAUCAACGCCCUGACUGUCGAAGAGUGCAAGGACAUCAUCACAGAGAUGCUCAAGUUCCACGAGUUCGAUUACAACUUCUCCAACACUCUCCGACAGAAACUCACGACCCUGCUCCAAGGCCCGCUCGAAGGGCAAGCCGUCGAAGAAUGGGAGUUGGAACUCAAGACCGAGACGGCAGUCAAUAAAUUUUACUCGCCAUAUCCUGAAGUUCGUGCAAUUACUACCCCAACAGACGAUGUGGACACUCCAUGCGAGACUAUUCGAGCCCAUUUCCUAGGGUAUACGUGGGCGAUUCUUGCCCAAUUCACAAACUCCUUAUUCAAUUCGCGAUUCCCUCAGAUCACUCUGACGUCUGCAGUCAUCCAAAUACUACUAUACCCCUGCGGAUUACUUCUAGCGGCGGUUUUACCAGACUGGGGCUUCAGCAUUGGUGGUAAACGGAUCUCACUCAACCCAGGACCUUGGUCGUACAAGGAACAAAUGCUUUCAACCAUUAUUGUUGACGUUGGUCUGACUUCUACCUACUACUUUUGGAAUAUCCAGACCCAAACCGUCUACUACCAUGAUCAGUGGCUGACCCCUGGAUAUGGCAUCUUGCUCUUACUCUCUACCCAACUUAUGGGGCUUGGAUUCUCGGGCCUGCUACGUCGCUUCGUGGUCUACCCGGUUGAGGCACUGUGGCCAAAUAUCCUACCGACCUUGGCAUUAAACCGGGCGCUGCUAGUGACCGAGAAGAAGGAAACGCUUCACGGUUGGAGCAUGUCGCGAUACAAGUUCUUCUUCAUUUUCUUCAGCGCCAUGUUCAUCUACUUCUGGUUGCCUGAUUAUAUCUUUCCAGCUCUUAGCUUGUUCGCAUGGAUGACGUGGAUUGCGCCCAACAACUUCAAUUUGAAUGCCAUUACGGGCUCUCAGAUGGGACUGGGCUUUAACCCGAUAUCUACUUUUGACUGGAACGUGCUAUCUACCUAUUCACAGCCCCUUGCGUAUCCAUUUUUUGCAUUCACUCAGCAGUUUGCUGGUACAGUGAUAGGCGGCAUGAUUAUCAUCGCUUUGUAUUACAGCAACGUCCAGUGGACUUCUUAUCUACCCAUCAACUCCGCAGGCAUCUUUGACAACACAGGAAACCCGUACAACAUCACGAGAGUCGUAAAGCCAGGUACCGGGACACUUGACGAGGACGGCUUCAAAGCCUACUCUCCUGCGUUCUAUAGUGCCGCAAAUCUCCUCAUAUAUGGCGCAUUCUUUGCCUUCUACCCACUCACAAUGGUGUUCAUUAUCCUGGAUGCUUGGCGACCUCUUCUCCGAGCCUACAAAUCAAUGAUGGUUUCUGCUUUUUCAACAACCAGACAGAUGAUUGUGGGACUAAAGAAUGCGAUGUCGUCACUUUUCAUGGGUCACAUACGUGAUGCUGGGAGACACUUGUGCAAUAUUUUCAAUGACAAUACUUCGAUUUACGAUAGUUUCGAUGACCCCUUCACAAACCUCAUCCGCCAUUACCCAGAGGUACCGGACUGGUGGUUCUUAGUCAUUGCCCUCAUUUCCUUCAUUCUUGCAAUCGUCGUUGUGACCAAUUGGCCACAGCUAGAUACGCCAGUUUGGACAAUAUUCUUCGUCAUUGGCCUCAACUUGGCGUUUCUCAUUCCAAUGUCCUACCUCUACGCAAUUUCGGGCACAACCGAAGGCCUCAAUGUGGUUACCGAGCUAAUUGUUGGUUAUGCCCUGCCAGGGCACCCCGAAGCAAUGAUGUUUGUCAAAGCUUUCGGGUACAAUAUCAAUGGCCAAGCAGAUAACUACAUCUCCGACCAAAAGAUGGGCUUCUACGCGAAGGUACCUCCCCGUGCCAUGUACCGCGGUCAAAUCACGAGUGCCAUCAUCACGGCACUGGUUGCUUACGGAGUCGUUCAAUUCGCCGACACGCAAAUACCUGGGAUUUGUACCCCGGAUCAGCCUUCAAAGUUCACCUGCGCGAAUGGCUCGCAAGUAUACUUUGCGUCGUCUGUCGUUUGGGGUGCGAUCGGUCCAAAGAGAAUCUUUAGUCAAGUUUAUCCGGCAAUGAAGUAUUGCUUCCUUCUAGGAUUCCUCCUUGCUCUAUUAUGGUGGACCACCAAGCGUUUGGGGCCAUAUGUCCGUCAAGCCUGUCAAACGGUUCUGCCGGCCGCAGUUUUUACCCCAAUCAAUAUCGUGAUUUUCACACCUAUAUCCUGGCUCAAACACGUCCAUCCAUCGCUCAUCAUCAAUGGUAUGUUGCUAUGGGCGCCUGUGAAUCUUACAUAUUUCACAGGCGGUUUGUAUCUCUCCUUCGCUUUCAUGUUCUACCUGAGGCGGUAUAAGACAGCAUGGUGGGAGAAGUACAAUUAUGUUCUUUCAGCUGCGCUCACCGGCGCAGUCGCGUUUUCGGGUAUCAUCAUCUUUUUCUCUGUACAAUAUCAUCCGAAGACUCUUAGCUGGUGGGGUGUUGAUGUGCUCUCAAGCACUAUUGACGGAGGUUCCGGCCAGAGUGCGCUGCUUACUGAGCUACCAGCCAAAGGUUACUUUGGUCCAGAUGUGUGGUUUUAG